AUGGCAAGAACACAGGCAGCCCUCGGAAAAUGGCUUUACCUACGGAAAGCCCUCGCAUCCAGCCACACGACAAUUAUCCAGGGCCGUACAAACGGCCUCACACCGUUCGCAAACCUACUCCAAGCUGGAGACCUUGCAGUACACAGCGCGCGACCAUUCCACAGUACCUCAUCGAAGCAAGCGAAGCCACGCCCCGCACCCGCCGCGAACCGAGCCAGAGACAAGAAGAGACAACACGAAUCUUUUCGUGUUAACUGGAGUGCAGGACGGCGGACGGAGAAAGAUGUUAAUCAUGGAGGCAUGUUCUUUGGAUGUUUGAGCGAUGUCAAGGAGGGACUUGUCGGGCCUGUCGAAUGGAUGCUACAAAAGCAUGAAAAGGAGUCAAGAUGGGCAUAUGCAGCUGCCAUUAGGGAUGGUUUGAUUCCCAGUGCGAUUAGUGAGAGUACAUACAGAGAUGUGGGUACGCAAUUGAUCAAAGCGGCGUAUGCGAUGGAGCCGGAUAGGCAUGUUAUACGGAAAAUCUCAACCGAUGUCGAUGCUGUUUUUCGUAUUGGGUGGAUGGUCAGCGCUGAUCACCAAUUCCUCCGCGGUUGGCAUAUUACGGCGUGUGGGUUGGCUGGCGCUGCUCUUCCGUGCGUGAUUAGUGCACGGAGUACCAUCACCGAUACGUAUGCACCGGCAAAGAACAACAGCCAGCUUGAUGCGCUGUUCGAUCUUGCGAAGACGGGGUAUCCCCCAGCUAUCCUAUUGCAAGCGAAGAUCAUGUACAUGCGAGGAGAGUACGAGGCCGCUGCUAAGCUUCUAGAGGAAAAAAUGUUCCCGUUUCUCUCCCCAACGGCACGGAAACCCAUACCAUUUGAGGAUAUUAUCCUAGGCGGCCUACUGGAUGAACCGUAUAGGUUAUACGCGCUAAUCCAGGCAACACUGGGCGAAAUGCACAACUCCCAGGAACACCGCAACAAAUCAGACGAAGCCAUCCGGAUCGCAGCACUGGAGUACAACGACCCCACCGCGCUAGUCGAAUACGCGUCUCUCAUGAUGAACCAGAACAACCUGGAGAUGUACGAAGAAUGCAUGUCCAAAGCCGCAACCGCGGGCCUCGGAAAAGCCUGUUUAUAUCUGGCCAACUUCUACUACCUCACCUAUCAAGGCGUAUACCCAACACGCGGCGAACAAAAACCCACACAAGCCAAUCCCAAUCCUGCAGCGAAUUGGAAACCGAUCGAGAUCGAUUCUAAGGCUGAAAUCGCCCAGCUUAGCAGUUGGCAGUCGAUCAUGAGAAAUGUGAAAAGCUCAUUGAAUCGUUCCAUGAGCCGCGCUGAUUACCACCUGCUUGCGUACGAGUGGUAUCAUCUCGCCACCGGCCACGGCGAAUCUAAGGGGACCUUCAUGUGUGCUCUUUUAUCGCGGGAAUUGGACAUGAUGCAUGAUGGGCGGCUUCUGUUGGAGGCUUCGGACAUGGAUCAUGAUCCCAUCUAUGCGAAGAAAAUGGCGGAGCUGAAGAAUAAUUGGUACAAUAAGGACUAUGAGCCAUCAGUGCCGAAGAAAAUGUUGCCUGUACGGUAG